AUGCAGGUGCUCACCCCGCGCUACCCCAAGAACUGCCUGCUGACCGUCAUGGACCGGUACUCGGCCGUGGUGCAGAACAUGGAGCAGGUGGUGAUGUUCCCCAGCCUUCUGCGGGACCUGCAGCCAAGUGCGCACGGGGGUGAGGCCCAGGCUGGAGCCCCCAGUCUCUACAACUACUUCACCAUGCUCAAGGCCAUCCGCGUGGAUGUGGAGCAUGGGCUGCUGCCCCGGAAGGAGGGGCAGGUCAAGAUGGCAGAUGGUGGAGCCCAUGAGGCUGAGAUUGAAGCUGCAGAGACGGAAGAGGGCGAGGAGCUCUUGGGGCAGCUGGACGUAGAGGCCCAGUUCCACCUGCACUUCUCCAGCCUUCAUCACAUCCUCACCCAUCUUACCUUGAAAGCCGAGGAGGUGACGAGGACAUACCAGGAGAUAACGGGACAGGCCAUUUAA